GAAAGGUCUUCCGUUUUUAAUGCAAGCUUCCUGGGGUCGGGACAUUCAAUUGCGUUCAUCCCGCGGCGGGGACAUCUUCAAUACCUGCUUCCCCCCCUCUAUUUUUCGUGUACAGAGAGGCGCAUCGAGGAUUAUGCGCCACUGUGCAGUUCAGAAUAUUUUCAACGGGAGGCUGGCAUGUUGUGUUUUCCUCCAAGUUGUUAUCUUCACUUUUGCUUUGUGGUUUGCGAUCCAUGUUCAUAUCAGAGGUCACGUCAACCUGCCCAGUAGAAGCUGCAAGAGCUCUACGCUGGUAACACUUGUUGCGACCGGUAUUUCUUUCCUGAAUACACUGUGCGUUCUUCUGUCGUCACAAUUUGAACUCCUCCUCGGUCUUGUACUUCAAGUAGCUUUGAGGAGCACGAAUGACCUUUCAUUUGUAACAGGACAAAUCCUCCUCGGUGUACGUGGACUCAAGAUCUCCUGGGCCUGGAUAAAAUCCCUGCAUAUCGCACCCAGCGACAGGGAGUACUGGACGUGGCUGGCAUACACAUCGCUGUACGCCUUUUUUGACCCCACACCUAUGAACCUCCAGUUUCAUUUUACGGGCACACAGGCGGAUUACUCCGCUGCCGCCGCCCAACUCCAAGCUAUCUGGCAAGGGAGUCUUACUCAGUAUCCUAGUGAAAGUUCCCCCCUCGUUACCAACAUGGAUGCAGCAAGAGUGCAAAACUGGGGCCUUGCGGAUGUAACUCUGUAUCUUCAAGCCGGAAAUGCGGCAGCCACGACUGAACUAGGUUCACCGUACUACAUGCCCUUUAUGGGUGCACUGUACAAUGUUCAACAGUGCGGAAUCCAAUGCCGACAACAGGCAUUCAUCAAUGCAACCGAUGUCAACCCAUCUGCGGGUUUGUAUUGGAGUGAAUCACCGGGAAGUUCGAUCACUGCGCCAAAUCUGACCGUCCCAGCAGACUAUAAUAUACUGAGGGGGUUGCUGAUUACAGAUUGUUCAAAUUAUUCGGUAGCUGAUAUCCUGGCAAUGGUUAAUCAUCCGGUUACCCCCUGGGGCGACGGUGUUUUGGUAGGCUCGGUCUGCCAAUACCAGGACUUCGAGAAGGCAUCAAACCAGUCUUUCCGUGAUUUGUUCUUUUGCAAGGGCUUUGCCCCUUCGUACUCCUUCAUCACACCACCCAUUUGUCAAGUUUCCCCUCGCAUAACAACCGUCAAUGUCGAAUUUGAUGGAAUUACCGUGAACAUCAACGAUACCACGAAUUCUGAGCCAUUUUCAAAUCUCAUCUGGUAUAUGAUAUUUGAUACGCAGGGUCUUUCUGGAAAUUCCAUGGCAGCUGGUAUUCAAUUUUACGGUUAUGCCUAUGAUGAUUCUCUUACAAUGAACAGUAGUAUGUUAAACUUCGCGUUGGAAAAUUACCUGAGAGGGCUUAUUGAAUUCCUCGCAACGGCAAUGGAGCUCCAGCCGAUGAGCAACACCUCCAUGGCCGAGUACACUGGUGUAACUCAUGUGGGUGGAUCAACCUCUCUUUUCCUCCUCGUGCCUCUGGCCGUCGUGGUGAUCAUCGCCUGCGCUGCUGCGCUCUACACUCCUGUGGAAGACUCGAAGAAGCCUGGAGAUGUGUUUCUCCAAGUUAUGAGGACACCGGACUUGGAGGACUUUGAUCCUACCAAUAUCAUCCACCUCAUGACGCUUGCUUCGAGGACUGGGCUGGAAACCGAAGCAGGGAAGAAUGAAGUACUUCAAAUUCAGAUCAAUUGAGUUGCAUGUUCAGGUACCGAACAGAUACGUAUGGUGGCAGUCACUUCCUGCAGAUGCUGUUCGACCAUGUUUAUGAUCCCAGCCUUCUUUUUACCCGUCAGUUUACUCUUCGUUAUGAAUCUAUCCUUUGCUCGUAGGAGUUUGUAGGGUCCGCGACCCGUGAAUCAUUUGUAUAGUAGUAUCCGAUUCUAUGGUAGUUUUGAUUAUCCG